UCGACUUAAUAUGCAAUGCCAAUGUAUGGCAGUCCCUAGGGGCGAUAGGACUUCAAAUGGACAUACCUAAUCACAUAUUCAAACCUAUUUUUCCAUGGAAUGAACCCGACUGAGCCCUGUAAUUGAGCAGAAUCCCCGGCCGAUGUCCUAUGAGCCGUUAACCUAGAUCAACCUGGUGAACGCAAAAAAGAGCUUCAGCAGUCAUUCAUCUUUAACUUACAGCGCAAUGUUUAAACGCAAUAUCGUUAUCUCUGUCCUCGUACUUUCGGCUGCUCCUGGUUAUCCGUAUCAAAACGAUGCAAACCUCCAAUACAAACGCCCUUCCGAGCCAUUACCCGACGAUCCAGAGAGGGCGUCAAAGGUGAUUGAUGCUUUCAAACUGUCAUGGGAGGGAUACUACAAGUACGCAUUUCCCAACGACGAGCUCCACCCCGUGUCCAAUUCGUCCAGCAACUCGAGAAAUGCAUGGGGGGCCAGUGCCGUCGACGCACUGAGUACAGCACUCAUUAUGAACGACUCUGUGAUUGCAAACCAGAUCCUAGCAUACAUACCGACGAUUGACUUCACCAAAACGGAAACCCCGGUUAGUCUUUUCGAGACUACGAUCCGGUACUUGGGCGGUAUGCUCUCGGCCUAUGAUCUCCUCACAGGUCCGGUAGCAUAUAUUCCAGCCAAGAAAGAGUAUGUUACCGCUCUCAUCACCCAAUCCACCUCCCUCGGCAACGCCCUCUCCUAUGCCUUCGACACCCCCUCCGGCGUCCCUUACAAUACCCUCUUCUUCGCCAACCGCACCGUCGAAGACUCCCCCAACGGCCUCGCCACAGUCGGUACCCUCAUCCUCGAAUGGACCCGCCUAGCAGACCUCACCGGCAUCAAGACCUACGCCGCCCUCGCCAACCGCGCAGAGACCUACCUCCUAAACCCGCACCCUGCGUCCUCCUCCCCUUUCCCGGGCCUCCUAGGCCGCAACAUCAACGUCACGACCGGUGAGUUCCUCGACGCCGUAGGCGGCUGGACAGGCGGCUCGGACUCCUACUACGAAUAUCUCCUGAAGAUGUACAUAUACGACCCCGAUCGCUUCUCCCUCCUUCGUGAUCGCUACAUCCUCGCUGCGGACUCCACAAUCGCUCACUUAUCCUCGCAUCCUGCCUCUCGUCCCGAGCUUACCUUCCUGGCUCAAUAUGACGGCACCCACUUGACCCUGAAGAGCGAGCAUCUCGCCGGCUUCGCAGGCGGCAAUUUCAUCCUAGCGGGCCAGGUCCUCGGACGCACCGACUACGUGAAAUACGGCCUCGCGCUCGUAGAUGCCUGGCACGAGACCUACAACCGGACGUUGACUGGUAUAGGACCAGAGGAAUUCGGCUGGGACGCCAAUCAGGUUCCCGAAGACCAGGUCGAUUUCUUUAACAGAUCGGGGUUCUAUAUCACGAAUGCGCAGUACAAUUUACGUCCUGAAGUCAUUGAGAGUUAUUUCUACGCUUUCCGCGCUACGGGAGAUAGAAAGUAUCAAGAUUGGGCGUGGGACGCGUUCGUUGCUAUCAAUGCGACGACGCAGGUUGGAUCGGGGUACAGUUCGAUUAGAGAUGUGAAUGCUGAGAAAGGUGGAGGAUAUGGCGAUUUCCAGGAGAGUUUCUGGUUCGCGGAAGUAUGCAAGUAUGCCUAUAUGAUUUUUGGGCCCCAGGACUCUUCUGAAGGGGGUGUUAAUGUUGGAAGGGGUGGAAGGGAUACAUGGGUGUUCAAUACUGAGGCGCAUCCGGUUAGGGUUUGGGGGUAGUCAGAAUUUCAGGUAAACAGCAACAGGAUUGGCGCAGCAUGACGGAGUAAACUUGGAGGGAAACAAGCGCAAUGUACAUCUUUGAAUAAUGGAUAUCGUUGAU